GAUAAGAACUGGUCGGAGACUCGGAGAGGGUAGUAGGACAGUUUUUCCUAGCAUUGCUCAAUGAUGUCUGGCAUAACUCUAUUUUCUCCUCGAUCGUCUGAGCACGAUUCUGGGUUGCCCUCCUUAACCCAAUAAUUUACCUGGGAACACCAUCAAUGGAGAUCGAAAGGGACCCGACACAUCAAGAAUCCAAAAGGACCAAUAAAACCCACCAAACCCCCAUCCCAUCCCAACAAGCUUCGGACCCACUUCCUGACCUUCCGCACGAAAUCAUCGCCGAGGUACUCACGAGGCUGCCCGUUAAGUCUCUGCUGCAAUUCAGGUCAGUUUGCAAAUCAUGGCUUUCUCUAAUCUCCAAUCCCCAUUUCGUGAAAUCCCAUCUCAGUUUAGCAUACAAAAGCGAUGAUUAUACCCACAGGCGACUUGUUUUGAGCUGUGUUCGUCCCCAUUUCGAUCUCAAGUCAUGUUCCCUUGGUUCUAUAUUGAAUGACCAAUCCGAUACGGCUGUAGAUCUUGAUUAUCCAUUGAGAGCCCCUCAUAAUUCGGUCUGAAUUGUUGGUUCUUGUAAUGGGUUGGUGUGUAUUGCUAUAGAAGAAGAUGCCGUAUUCCUGUGGAACCCAACUACUAGGAAAUCCAAUAGGUUGCCGGACUCGGGUGUUCGGAUGCGUUACGGAUGCUUUAUUAUAUAUGGGUUUGGUUAUGAUUUGUGUAGUGAUGACUACAAAGUGGUAGUGAUAUUCUGUGUUCUUCGUAGCGGAGGUUCAUAUGAGACUGAGGUGAAGGUUUACUCGUUAAGGACCGAUAAAUGGAGGAGGAUUGGAGACUUUUGUCAUGGUAUUCCGUUGAAUGAUUCGGGGAGAUAUGCUAGCGGGUCGCUCCAUUGGUCUGCAAGUGGGGUUCAAGGUUCAAGUUACUCUUGGGAUAUUGUUUCUCUUGAUUUGGCGAACGAGGUGUAUGGGAAGGUUGUGCUGCCUAAUUGUGGUGAGGGUAGGUUUGAUUCGACAUUGGAGAUUUUAAGAGGAUGCCUUUGUGUGCUAUGUAACUUCCCUGGUACUCGAUCUGAUAUAUGGGUGAUGAAGGAGUAUGGGCAGACAGAGUCAUGGACUAAGUUGUUUUCAAUACCACAUAUUACAAAUCUAUGGGAUUAUGAACACUCCACGCUAUUGUAUCUUUCAAGGAACGGUGAAGUUUUACUGCAGCUUUGGCCACAAUUAGUUUUGUGCAAUCCCAGAGAUGGUACAUUUAAGAAUAUUGUGAUUCACAAUUUGCUUGCUUGGCUUGAAGCUCAUAUCUAUGUUGAGAGCCUAGUCUCACCUAGCACCGGAAAUGUGAUUCAGAGGGAACACCAAUAACAUAAAGCAAAGACAGGUUCACACCAGCCCUUGUCUAGCCUUUCAUUUCUACUGUUGGCAAUGGGUUUGUAAUUGUGGCCUGAGGUCUAGGAUAUGGGUCCCAUGCACUUGGUCCCUGACCUUCAUCUGUUCCAUUUGCAAUUCCAUCACUACUCGAGUCCAUAGCUAUGUGCCAAGCCGAUCUGUUCACUUCUGAUGUUGCUGCUUUAGGCUCUGACUCCACUGAGUGCUUUCAGUUUGUUGUAUCUUUUUGUACUUGAUGCCUGCAUAUGUAAUGAUCAUGUUACUCCUUCGUUACUACUCAGUUGACAUACGAGUCAUCAUAUUGCUAUAAGAUGUUUCUUGUGUGAUUUUGAAGGUACAAUGGAUGAUGGCCUUUUGACCUUACUCGGCAGUAGAGCUCUGCGUGUUUCA